GUUGUUGUUGUUUUUUUUUUUUGGCCCAUGGUGGCUCUGUGUCUCGCCCGCCGUGGUUAUGGAUACAAUCAUUAUUCAGGAGCGAUUAGUGGAGAAGCUGCUUUCUCCCCGGACUCGGGCACAGAGAAGCCACUCAGCCAAGCUGAAGGACCAUGAGAAGCAAUAUGUGGGGUUUGCCACCCUGCCCAACCAGGUGCAUCGGAAAUCCGUGAAGAAGGGCUUUGACUUCACCUUGAUGGUUGCUGGAGAGUCGGGCCUGGGUAAGUCCACCCUGGUGAAUAGCCUGUUCUUGACAGACCUGUACAAAGACAGGAAGCUUCUCAACGCUGAGGAGCGAAUCAACCAGACCGUGGAGAUCUUGAAACACACCGUGGACAUUGAGGAGAAGGGAGUCAAGCUGAAGCUGACCAUUGUUGACACUCCGGGCUUUGGAGAUGCUGUUAACAACACAGAGUGCUGGAAGCCCAUCACUGACUACAUCGACCAGCAAUUUGAGCAGUAUUUCCGUGAUGAGAGCGGCUUGAACCGGAAGAACAUCCAGGACAACCGUGUGCAUUGCUGCCUCUACUUCAUUUCGCCCUUUGGGCAUGGGCUGAGGCCGGUGGAUGUCGAAUUCAUGAAGGCAUUGCAUGAGAAGGUCAACAUUGUGCCCCUGAUUGCCAAAGCGGACUGCCUGAUCCCUUCGGAGAUCCGAAAGCUAAAGGAGAGGAUCCGGGAAGAGAUUGACAAGUUUGGGAUUAAAGUUUACCAGUUUCCAGAGUGCGACUCGGAUGAAGAUGAGGAAUUCAAACAGCAAGACAGAGAGCUGAAGGAGAGCGCUCCCUUCGCUGUCAUUGGCAGUAACACAGUGGUGGAGGCCAAAGGCCAGAGAGUCCGUGGGCGGCUGUAUCCCUGGGGCAUCGUGGAAGUGGAGAACCAAGCACACUGUGACUUUGUGAAGCUGAGGAACAUGUUGAUCCGGACGCACAUGCAUGACCUGAAAGAUGUCACCUGUGAUGUUCACUAUGAGAACUACCGAGCGCAGUGCAUCCAGCAGAUGACCAGCAAGCUGACUCAGGACAACAGGAUAGAAAGCCCGAUUCCCAUCCUGCCCCUUCCAACACCUGAUACGGAAACAGAGAAGCUGAUCAAGAUGAAGGAUGAAGAGUUGCGGAGGAUGCAAGAGAUGCUGCAGAAGAUGCAGCAACAGAUGCAGGACCAGUGAGCGCUAGGAGGACGGGGGGGUGAAAGGAAUCCCUCCCCCCGGUGAUCUGCUGGGGCCCAGCUUGAGACGUGGAUGUUUUCGAGAGAAGUUCCCCAUCGCGUAGAGACUUGCGGGCAAGAGCUGCUCUCCACCCUCUAAUUUAUUAGCAGCGACACUGGCCCUGCAGUCAGCCGGAUCGUGGAGGAGGCUGGUCACUUCACUGUUUACUGAUGUGGGUUUUCUUUUUUCCCUCUUUUCCUAUUUUUUUAAAUAUAUGUGUGUAUAUAUAUAGAAGUCUGGGAAGUGUCUGAGGCAUUUUUAAAACCUCCCCCCCUUCCAGGUGUACUAACUGCUCGUUCGGGAAUGUUCUGGGAUUUCAAGUCAUGGUGUCUGUGGCAUCCAAACUUGAAGACUCUCUGUGUAAAUGCACGUCAAUGUUUACUCCCAGCCAAGGUGCGGUGACCCCAUCCCCCUCACCACCCCUUAGGGCCAGCACAGGUACCUCAAAAGGCGAAUGUUACCUCUGAGUUUUCAUGGAUUAGACCAAGCCAGCUGCACAUCCCUGCCUGGGCAUUUCCCAGCCACUGCUUCACUGCAAGGCACAGCAGGGGUUUGUCACUGAAACUGGCCCGUCGGGGUAUUCUUAAGGUGCCUGAACAUUCCUGCUUGAUUUUCCCAUUGAGAAGUUCCAGGAUCGUUUGCACUGAGAGGAAGGAGCCUUGCUCCCUAGGUCAGUAAAUACCAGCUUUCCACUGCCCUUAUUUAGGCCUUCCUAGUUUCGCAGGUGUGCCAUUGAAGGCCAGGCAGCAUCAGCCUUCAGAGAGGUGAUUGCUACUGGAUCAAUCUCCUGGGUGCCAGCAUGGCCUCAGCCCACUGCAGCCAGCAAAACUGAGGAGUUAGCAGGCGACAUGGUGGUUUUUUCUUCACUCCUUUCCCUGUUUAGGGUGGGAAGCAUGGAGGUCCCAUGGUUCAGCCCUUGCUAUUCAACCAGGUGUAACCCCAGUGCUCAUUUGGAGGUGUGAAAGGCUCAGGCCAUACCCACUGUUUGGAGCUGAAUGGUAAAAGCUACUGGGUAAGGAACAGCUUCUCAGAGCAGGGCCGUCUUUUCCCUCCAAGCAUGUGAAGCCCCUCAGGCACACUGCUGGCCCAUUAGCCCAUUUUGCCAUUUUCCCUGUACUUUCUUAAUGAGCGUGUGGGAGAGCUGAGAGCUUUGUGGAGGGGCAGAGCUGGGAGGGCAGGCUGCAACGGGAACGGGGGUGAUGAAUGGCUUGCCAAGUUUUCAGCCAGCACAACAGGUGUGCAGGUGUUACGCCAGGGACCAAGUGCAGCCCGGCAGGCCUUGCCCCUCCUGCACUGCCCUUUCUUACGGUAGCUUUAGGCUCCCCUUUUCCUCCUGUCCCCAGGCCUGGCAACCUGUCUUUUCCAGCUCUAGUGCUGGGAAGGCAGGCGGGAUCUGGUAGGCAGAGAUAAGAGUGCUCUGUCUGCAGCCUUUCUGUCUCGCUGCUGCUUCCUGCUUUAUUUUUACCAUCAGCCCCAGUGAGAGGAGAUCACCAGAAGUGUGGUGUGUCUGAUAGCAUAGGAUGUGCUGGGAAGGCUGAUGGGAAUAACAUCUUGCAGGGGCCUCUAAGUGAACCUCUCAUUUGGCUCUUUUCUACCUUGACUCCAUGGAGCUCAGGCAACAGGCUGGUUUCACUCUGAUGCACAUUGGGUGAGGCCAUUGUGCCCAGCCCCUAGCUUCUGCUCCAGUUCCUCUUUGUUCACAUGUAUCUGCAGCUUUGGGCUCCAUUGCUGGCUCCCUGGUGGUCCCCACUGUCUGUUACUGGCUUGGCUACGCAUAGCCAGCAUGCUAAAUACUGGUUUUAGAUCCUAGGGCUGGUCCUGGCAGCAUGUCAGGCUGGCUUCUCUCUACAGUGCCCUUGUCCCACUUGGUCAGUAGGUUGGGUGGCUCUUGUUCAUCAGGCCAAGCCACUUGUAUCUAGGCUGUGAUGCGGGGCUUGGUGCCUAAGAGGUCUCUCACCCAACGUGUAGGGGAUGCAUGAGUGAGCACCAGACUGAAACUCUGAGCUUUGAGCCUGGCUUGUUUAAGAUGCCUUUUACUGCCCCAGAGAAGUGCAGGAGCAUGAGGGACGUGCUUCCAUCUGGCAGAAGAGCAAGGCUAUUACCUAGGUGGCUCCUUUUUCUCUUCCCAUCUUCCCAUGUGAAGCACAUGCAAUUUGGGGCAAUGCCAGGCCAGGAUAGACUAGGGGUCUAUCUAAUCUGGUGUCCUGCCCCCCUCCCUGCCCCCACAGUGUCAGAUGUUUGGGGGGACCAAGCCUCCCUGCAGUGCUCCUUCUUGUGCGAUUAUUAUGGGGACAGUUUCUUCCAGGCCUCUGUUGGAAAUCAGCUGCCACCACACUAACUCUCACCAGUUUUAUCGGUACUACUGUAACUGCAAAAGCAUUGACAUGGCUGUACUGUCCCUCCUCUCUCCUGCUCCUCCCUUUUUUUUAAGCUUGCAAAGUUCCUUGUUUCUGUAUUUUCUGGGCAGUGCAUCCCACAAGAGAGUGACCUACUGCAGUAACAUCUCUAGACCAGCCAAGGGUGCCUGUGUUUUAAGCAAGUUCUGAUCUAAGACGAAGAGGAGAUCGUCUUCCCUUUAGCCUCAGGUGAUGACAUGGCAAAGUGGAAUAUGCAGCUGUACUGAUGGCUGCAGCAGUGAGCAAGGCGUUCAGACAGGGUGCUGCUGUGGACUUGAGGUAGUCGGGAGCUCAAGGCCCCUCCAGAAGUAUUGCUGACUAAGACAUCUGCUCCUCUUCUUAGUGAAGGAGUCUCCAUCACCUCAGUGCAAACUGCUGCUAAAUCAAGCAAUGAAUCACUGAUCCAUUCCAGUCGUGGGCAGAAGAGUGGGUUGUAGUUUGGGGUCAGGCAGAGAAGUACCUGCCAGUGAAGUGACUAGAAUGGCAGCUUCUCAGCUGGAGGUGCAACUUUUGCAGAGGUGAAGUGGGACCACAGAGACCCACCAGCAAAAAAAAGCUAGCCAGCUUCCUCCCCCAUGAGGUGAGGUAUGAUGGCUGCCUGGAAAGGGACCAGAAACUGAGCUGUCCUCUUGCACGCACUGGUGUCUGUCUGUGGAAGUGGCACUUGCAUGUUCAAAGAAUGGGUGUCUGUUACUGGCCCUGCUCUGCAGCCGGAGGAGCAUUCCUGGAUAAACACGGGUGUCUGUUUGGCCCGUGGGGCUGUAGCUCCCACUGACAGAGAAGGGUGUAAGUAGGGUGCUAAUCCACCCAACCUCACCACCCCCCUGCCCACGCACCUAUGUGUAACCAAAGGCAAACAUUGCCAAUGAUAGCACUUCUUAGCAGCUCUCUCCAGGGGUCUUGUCCUGCUCUGUAGCUGUAGCUGGGGAAGAGGACGGUCGGUACAACCCCUUUAACUUUGUGCCUGACUGAGGAGGUACCUGUUGUGUGGUACUGGCUUUGUGAUCACUUUGCUGCCCUGUCUGCAUGCCUUGUCCUUGGCCCACAUCCUUUUGGGGGGACUCAUUUGUGCUGUGUGAAGGCUUUUCUGCUCACUCAUCCCAGCCACAGCCAUGUGGUAACUCUGGCUUACUCGUGACCAUGUGACCCCACCUCCCCACGCUCCCUUCCAAGGCACUUCGUUGGUCUGUUUGAUUACUUUUUUUUUUGUAAAUUUUUGUUGAAAUGUUUGUUGUGAACACAGAAAAUGGAACCUUUUAAAACAUAUCCAUUUUAUUAAAAUGAUUAUUGUUGUUAUUAUUAUUAUUAUUAAUAAUGUUUACUACCUGAACUGAUCAGUGAAAUAAAUGCAUUAAAAACAC